CAUCUUCAGAUUGUCUGCAUGGCUCCUGCUCCAGCCCGGAGCUUGGCUGCUCUCAGCCUGUCACUCUUUGCUCCCGGGCUUCAAGCACUUGCUCAAAUGUCACAAGGUCUUGUAACCUAACUUCCUUAGCAUUGUCUGGGCUAUCUCAUGCCUGUCAGGGUGUUCCUAGCUGCUUGGCUAACACUAGGGAAGCUAGGAGAGAUGCUCUGGACAUUUCCAGGGACAACGGGGCGAGGCUGACCCAGAGAGACGGUUUUGAACAGAAGAAUGGGAAAGAUGCAGUGAUGUGUCUUCAGAGAUUUGGCUGCCACACCUGUGACUCGGGACCCCAUGUGUAGGUGUGGAGCUGGCUCUGGCUGUGGCUCCACGCUCCAGGGGAAGGAGGCAGACCUGUGUGGGGGCUGGGGGUGUGGCUCAGUUGCGGCAUGCCUGCCUCCCAGCACCACAUAACCUGCCUAUGAUCCCAGCACUGUCGAGGUGGGGGCGGGACGGUCAGAUGUUGAACAUCUGUGGCUAUACAGCAGGGUUGAGGUUAUUGGGGGCAUGGGAUCCUGCCUGGGGGUGGGUGGGGGAAUCAGAAAACUUAUUAGGCAGGGUGCAAGACAAGGCUGGGCCACACCUGGAGGGACAAAAGACAGUAAGGAUGGGAAGUAAAGGUGAGCUGUGUUACCGCAGGCUACUCCGGUGAAUACCAUUUAUCUUUGGGUCACUCUAAGACUUCAUGAACCGGAACUCUAGAGAAGAAGAGGGUGGCAUGUAGCCCAAGCUGUAGUUCCUUGGAUGAGACCUGCCCCUCCCCCAACCUCCUUUCAAGCUGUCACUUUUGUGCUGUGAACCGCCAUGGCCUGUUGCCCUGUUGCCCUGUUAGGAAGUUCCCUCGCCCAAGAGGCCUGGGACUCUGGUGUGUCGGGCUGUAUCACCCAGAAACUCAAUACAGGACCUGCCAGAGGCCAAGCUCACUCUAGGCUUUGGUUCAACGGUUGUGAAUCUGGAAAGCUCAGAACGUUAGGUUUAAGGCUUAUAAUACGUGUGACACAAGACUGAAGCUAAUCUAUUUUCCCUAAGAUUCCGUGUGCUUAUUAUGUCUCAGCUUUACGAACAGCUACAGGCCACGUGGGAGGGAGAUGCUGGCUGCCGAACCCUGCCAAGAGGGCAGCACCUGGAAGGCAGAUGUUUCUCGUCUUUCCUCCAGGGGAGACCUGUGCAAAGUGACUCACGCCCAUAAUCGCAGCCCUUGGGGAGGCUGAGGUGAGCAAGGUUAGGCUAGACUACUCAAAAAUGAGACUCUGUUUUGAAAAACCAAGACACAGGCCCCAGAGUCUGGCAAGGACUUCGCUGAGGGGUUGCAGGUAACUCACUUUGCUCCCCAAACCAGGGCCGUGUGAGCCCAGCUCAGAUGCUCUCUCCCUGCAGGGCCUCACCUAUGCUGCGCAGGUUGGGCUGUGGGCUGUUCUGCAGCCUUGUGGCAUGGCUGCUCUGCUGCCCGCUCUUCCUGAAGGAGCCCACGCCCGGGAGCUCCAAGACCCACCAGCACUCCAGGGCACUGCCAAGGCCCCGGCCCAGCCAGUGCUCAGCCAACCCAGCAGUUGCUAAGGCCUCCCUGUCCCUGCCCAGCCGCCACCGCCUCUUCUUAACCUAUCGACACUGCCGGAACUUCUCCACCUUGCUGGAGCCUUCCGAGUGUGCCAGGGACACCUUCCUGCUCCUGGUCAUCAAGUCACAGCCUGGUCAUGUCGAGCAGCGUGCGGCCAUUAGAAGCACUUGGGGCCGGGCUGGGAGCUGGGUCAGAGGCCGGCAGGUGAAGCUGGUGUUCCUCCUGGGGGUAGCAGGGCCUGUACCCCCCGCCCAGCUGCUGGCCUAUGAGAGUUGGCAGUUCGAUGACAUCCUGCAGUGGGACUUUGAGGAGGACUUCUUCAACCUGACACUCAAGGAGCUGCAUGUGCAGCGCUGGAUGGCGGCCGCCUGCACACAGGCCCACUUCAUACUCAAGGGGGACGAUGACGUCUUCAUCCAUGUCCCCAAUGUGCUCGAGUUCCUGGAGGGCCGGGAUCCUGCCCAGGACCUCUUAGUGGGCGAUGUCAUCCACCAGGCCCGGCCCAACAGGAACACCAAGGUCAAAUACUUCAUCCCAUUCUCCAUGUACAGGGCCCGCCACUACCCACCUUAUGCAGGAGGAGGUGGCUAUGUUAUGUCCCAGGCUACUGCGAGGCGUCUUCACACAGCCAUGGAAAAGGCAGAACUCUUCCCCAUUGAUGAUGUCUUUGUGGGGAUGUGCCUGCAGAAGCUGGGGGUGAGCCCCACACACCAUGCUGGCUUCAAGACAUUUGGAAUCCAACAGCCCCUCAACUCCUGGGACCCCUGCUUGUACAGAGGACUCCUGCUAGUGCACCGUCUCAGCCCCCUGGAGAUGUGGAUCAUGUGGGCCCUGGUGACAGAUGGGCUCAAAUGUGCAGCGACCCCCAAGCCCAGCCCUGAGGGGUGGGUUGAGCCACAGCUUUAGCGUGGCUGCUGACUUCCUGUACCAGGAGAAAUAGAUCAGGUCCCUGCCUGUCCGCAGGAAAUGAACUCAUUUUUAUAAUGCCACCCACCUUUCCUGGUUCAAAGUGCUGCAACCCGGCAAACUUGUGGAGCAUGUGCUG